GAACUACGAGGUGGUGGGUGUGAGAGUACCUUAUGUUUUUAAUUAUUUCCUGUCGGUGGCGUGGAAAAAAAAAUCUUUGUUUUGCAUUUACGGUUUCUCGAGCGUUGCCUUCCUCCCCACCUCCAUUAUGCUGACCCUCCCGAAACAGAAUUGCUCGGCUUGUAUCUCCAAGUGGCCCGCGAACGCCUCUGUUCCGCAGAUGCUUUCUGUUCCUCAGCAGUAGUUAGUUCCUCGAGGCAUUUGUAAAUGCACAAAUGCAUACCGAUUUUAGGUGUUUUCGAGGGAGGCGAAUGCUCUAAGCAAAUGUCCUUAGGAUCUUGAGUUCAGCAGCAACCUUUUGAGGAGAAUCGUUUCAGUGAAAACAAUUUAUUUGUAAUACUUUAAGGAGCCUACCUUCAAAAUAAAGAGAACAGCCCAUGAUACGAGUCAGCUUGGGGUGCAUUUGAAUAGGACCAAAGAAGUAUAAUAAACACUGUGUGAAGGGGGACUGACAUGCUUGGAGGGAAAUGGGAACAUAGUAGUAAAAGACUAACAUUGUACUUAAAACCCUAAAAGAUAAUUUACUGGAUCACAUCAUUAAGAAGUUCAAAUAGUUCAACCUUCAUGUUUGGCUGGAUCCAGUAUCUGAAUAUAAAGAAAGAAAAACUUUAAAGACUUUUGAGACCCUCCAUCUUUGAGCUCUGUUCUUCAGCAUUGACUCCAUUCUCAGGCACACCUUUCUUCCUUGAGUGGCUCUAGCAUCUCCAGAUUCCUGACAUUCAAAACAACUGACUUUUAAUACUCUGCUACUACAUCAAAUCAACAAUGAAUUGGAAUGCAAAACCAGAGAAUGUCACCUUACCACCACAUUAUCCUAAAAAGCCGUCAUCUUUUUUGGAGCAGGCUUUAAUAAAUACAUUUAACACAACAUCUCAAAGUUCUUUAAGCUAUCCUGGAAGUAACCAAGAAGCAUGUAUGUUUCUUGGAAAUUCAAAUCCAGUUUCACAGCCACUGCUAAACAUGAGAAAUUAUACAGCUCCGCAGCAAAUCCCUAUUUCUGAUAUACAUACCGGGACAGUUGUGGCCUCACAAACGUCAGUAGAAAGAAUAACAUAUGCAAAUGUUAAAGGAUCCAAACAACUAAAUCACAAUUUGCAGAUGUCUUCAGGCGUUACCCAAAAUGUAUGGUUGAACUCACCAAUGAAGAAUUCUGUGCAUUCUCAUACAGGGGCAACUGUAUCUCAUCAAACUAGUUUUGGAACUAAUACACCUAAUGUACAUGCACUACAGAAUCAAUUUGUAACUUCAGAUACCUGUUCUGUGCAACUGCAAAUGAUCCCCUCCAAUUCUCCAAGAGUUCCUGUAACUUAUCAGUGGACCCCAAGACUUAACCCAUCUGUAUCAGAACGACAGGUUGACUGGGCGCAACAGUAUACAUCCAGUGGACUGACUUACCCAGAUUACAGACCGCUUCCAAAGCAAUAUAGUUACACAUCACGAAGCUCUUUGCAAGAUCCUUCCCUUCAGAAACAAAACCCUAUGCCAACUGCAUCAUUGCAAAUUAAAAAUAGUCACCCUCCAGAUCCUCCACAGACUUUACAGUCAAAGCAGACUGCAACUGUACAUUCCUAUCGAUACGCAGUUCCUCAAACUGACAAAAGGCCUCCUCCUCCUUAUGACUGUAGAUACGCAAGCCAGCCUUUGCAAAGUACUCAGCAUGUUAUUAAACAGGCUUCUGUGGAAGUUCCUCAGAGUCAAGAAAUGCACUUACCUGAAAUGAGGAAAGACUUUUCUAGAAGUUUUCAACUGCAUUGGCAAAACCUUAAUGAAAAUGUCAGCACAGUUGGAAAUUCCUGUAACUUGAAAGUAAAUAGCAGUGUCAUUCAGCCUUUUAAUGAACCUGUUAGAUCUUCUGUGGAUGGUGUUCAGACUCUUGCUCAAAAUAAUCAAGAGAGGAGAACAGACUCUUGUGAUCUAACUUCAAAUCAAGUAUUGGACACAAGUGUCACAAAAGAAAAGUUAGUGAGGGAUAUUAAAACAUUAGUAGAAAUAAAAAAGAAGUUUUCGGAACUUGCAAGGAAAAUCAAGAUUAAUAAAAAUCUUUUGAUGGCAGCAGGUUGUAUUAAAACAACUGAUACCUCUUAUAGUGAAUUAGCUCCAAAUUCUGGAUUGUCUCUGAAACAAACUGCCCAAAUCCGGUCUGGACCACAGGUAACCCUAGUGACUCCAGAGAAUAAACCACCAACAGUAAUGGAAUCUGCAAAAGAAACAAAUAGAGCAUACAGUACAAUGAAUUCCAACAUUCAGGACCCCAAUUGUGGAAAUUUUAACCAAGUGAAUUCUGUUUUACUAAAUUCUGUCUGUUCAGAAAAGUUUCCAAUGCCAGACCAGUUACAAGAUUUGAAAGUUAGGACUUCUUUAAAGGCAUCGACUGUUGAGAUUACCCAGGCAACCUUAAAUAACACCCAGAUUUCAUCAGGAAAUGUCAAUGUUGAACUAAAUGUGCCAACAAAUUCUGAAACAACUUACGUUCCUCAGUCUGCGUCCUUUGAGGAAUAUGUUUCAAAAUAUCCAAAUAAAAAUACGCUAAUUCUCAGUUUACUUACAUGUAGAGAUAAACCUCAGGAGAAGUUGUUUAAAAAUGCUAGUGAAACUAUUCAGGGUUCUAAACCACAUAGUUAUGAAGUUAAUCCAAGUACCCAAAUCACUGGUAACCAGCUAAAUUUGAAAACAGUGGAAGCUCCAAGUACUUUUAACACAAAUGCCAAGAUUUUAGAUAACUCUUUUUGCCUUGAGCAUAAAUCCUCAGCAAGUGGAAUGCCUUCUAAAAGUGACAGUCACUUUUCCAUGGAAUUGCUAGCAACAUGUCUUUCUCUGUGGAAAAAGCAACCUUCAGAACCUACCGAAGAAAAACAGUGUAAUGAGUCAAGAAAAAAUAGAACAGCAGUUGGAGUUUCCAAGCCUGUGGAAACCUGUGAUAAGAGUCCAUUUUCAGUUGUGGGAAAUUCUCAGAAUAAGGUGUUAAACAGCUCACAAGAAACAACUUUGUCAAUGGUAGUACAGAAUUCUGAGUCUUCAGGCACAACCAACACAAAAGGAACAGAACUUCAGGUGGCUGUAGUGUCACCACUAAUUCUUUCAGAUGUCAAAACCUUGUCUGUCAAAGGAAUAACACCUGAAACUUUAUCUGAAACAAUGUAUCCAGUUAUUAAAGAAGGCAGUGUUUGUAGCUUACAGAAUCAGUUGGCAGAAAAUACAAGUAUUACUGCUGCUUUGAAAGCUAAUGUUGAUGAACCAGUAGCAGGUGCUACAACAGACACCAAGAUGUUCUUACCAAUUCAGAAGGAAGAGCAAAAUGAGUCAACUAAUGCAGCAGACACACCUCAUGGCAAUCAAGGAAAGCAUAUCAAAUCAGAACCAGAUACCCAUUAUACUGUGAGUGAACAGCAAGCUUCAUACAAGCCAAGGAAAAGUGAUAUUGCUAGCGGUGAUAUGUUACAUAUUGAGAAUAUUUGUUCUCUUGUUGAAGGUGAUACGUCUUAUAAUUCCCAAAUAGCGGAGAUGUUUAACUUGCCGCCUUUGAAAAGAGUUGAGCCACAGAAAUUUUCUCUCCCUAAGCAACAGGUGAUUAGUAGUGGACAACAAAAAGAACAUACAGACAAUGUCACUGAAAAUAAAGACUUUGAUUUUCAAAGUGAUAAUUUUUUAAAGUGCAUAGAUGUUUCACAUAAAAUAACUGACCAGGCAGAAUCACCUCAACCUCCAGAAUCAUCUUUGAAGCAUGUUAAAGCAAAUAGUGGAAUUUUAGAGGAAAGUGAUUUGGAACAUAUCACUAAAAAAGAAAGCAUGGCUAAUGAUACGUGUUCAUCGGCAGCUAUCCAACAGGGCAGUUGCCCUCAGGAAGCUGAUGCAGUUUGCCAUUACACUGCCCAAGAUCCUACAAGAAAUGAGAUUCUUAAUGAUAAGGCAUCCAUCUUAUACCUACAUGAUCAGCUGUCAGAACUUUUAAAAGAAUUUCCCUAUGGCAUUGAAGCUGUGAACACACAUGAAGGUUCUGUGGCCCAACAAAUAACAAACCAAAUCCCAAAAGGUCAAACUUGUGAUAAAACUGGUUGUGACUCCAAAGACUCAACAGACCAAAUACAAAUUACAAUAUUAAACUCAGAGCAAAUGAAAGAAUUAUUUCCUGAACAUGAAGAUCAACUCUGUGAGGUAGACAAGUUGGGAGAACAUCAGAAAGAAGAACCUGUAAACAAAGAAGGGGGCCAGUGUGACCCACAAACAGAUACAGAUGAAAAGAGUCAUAAUUCUAUAAUGGAUUCAGGGAAAGAUGAUGUCCGUUGCUGUGCACUGGGAUGGCUAUCUAUGGUUUAUGAAGGAGUACCCCAGUGCCCGUGCAAUUCUAUCAAGAACUCAGCUUCAGAGAAAGAAGGGGAAGAUAAAUGUUCUCCUUUGAAGAUCAACAGUUGUAAACAAGGAGAGAAAACUGAUAGAAAUGCCCCUGUUGAAUGUAAUAGUCCUCUAAAUAACAAUCCGGAGAUUCCUUUGACUUGUCCAGAUACAAAAAAUCAUCUUCCUGAAAUAGAAGAAAGCAAAAAUAUAAAUAAGCCCAAAACAAAACAUCACAAAUCACUGAGGACAGAACAAGAAUUAUCAGGUCAGUUUUUAUCUAAAGGUGAUAAAAAACUAGAUUCCUUGCAAAGUCACAAAAGGAAAGGAAAACUGAAGUUUCAUGAGAUAACUUUUCAUAGCAGUAAUAAAAUGACAAAAUUUUCUCAAGAGAGCCUGCACCAGAAGCUCAUGGCACAAAACUUACGUCCACUAAAACCGAAGGUGGGUUUUUUGACAAAUAAAAAUAAAGAUCUGUGUAUGAAGAAUGGUUCUUUGGUACAGUCAGUAUCCCCAGAGAAAAUAAAAUUGAAAGCAGGUGGCUUGAGACAAAAAGUUUUGGAAAAAAGGAAGUUAGAUGAUGGGGGCAUACUUGAUUCAAAGAUAAAGAGGAAGAAAUAUGAUAAACGAGAGCAUAAUAAAAAUAUGGGAGAUGGUGCAUUUAAGUUGUGUAAUUUUUUGUCACUCGCAAAUGAAAGAGCCAGAGUUAAAGAAAAGACAGUAUCAAAUGCUAAGUCCUCAGGCUCCAAGGACGUUUCAUCCAAAAUGAGUAGAGUUCUGACACCGAAGGAGUAUUUACAAAGGCAGAAGCACAAAGAAGCAAUGGGUAGCAACACAUCAAAGAAAAGCCACGUGAGAAAUGUAACGUGUGAUUCUCAGUACGUGAAGUCCAGUAAACUUUCCAUGCAAGCAGGGAGUUGUGGGAAAUCAAAUGAGAGACACAAUAGUGUACAGGCUUCUAAAGAAUCAUUAAAUACUUCUUUAAGCCAUGCUAAAAACCUCAAAUUUCACCAUUCUGAGGAGUCUAAAAUGUGUAUUUCAAGGAAUGGUAAAGGGAUAGUUGGUGGAAAGCAACUUGAUAAAAUGUGGAUUGAUAAAACCAGAUUAGACAAAAAUUUGAACAGAAUAGACAAUGAAGUUGAAUUCGGCCAAAUGUCUCCCCAAUCAAAGGAUCAAAGGAAACUAUAUCUGAACAGAGUUGCAUUUAAAUGCACGGAACGUGAGAGCAUUUGUCUCACAAAAUUAGAUAGUUCGCCCAUGAAGCUUAAUAAAGAGAGGACACCAGAAAAUAAACCUCAGAGCUUCUUACCUGUGAAAGAUGCCACAGAAAGACCAAACAUGCUGGAGUUUAAAUUAUGUCCAGAUGGACUGAUUAAGAAUACAAAUUCUGAUGACAACCGGAAGGAUCUGCAGCCUUGUCCUAGCAAGGAGCAAGCACCUGUGCAAGUUUCAGGAAUAAAAAGUACAAAAGAAGACUGGUUAAGAGGUGUAACUGAGGAGAAAAGGAUGCCAGAAGCCAACCAAAAAAUAGAUGAUAAUGUUUUGGCUAAUGCAAGACUCUCCAAGAGAAGCUUCAGUGCAGAUGGAUUUGAAACACUACAAAAUCCAGCAAAAGAUUCAAAAGCAAUGUUUCAAACCUACAAAAAGAUGUAUAUGGAAAAGAGAAGCAGAAGCCUUGGUAGUAGUCCUGUAAAAUAAUUUCAAGGCUAAUUUUUUUGAUGGUUCUGUAAUGGGCACCAGGAAGUUUCUGCCAGUUUCUGUUUAGAAUAUUUUGCUGAAAAUGCUCAGAAUUGUAAAAAAUGUCAGGAGAGUUUGGAUACUACAUAAGUUUUAUACAUCUAUGAAAUCAAUUAAGUGGCUUGAGAACCUUGCUUGUGGGUACCAGACAUAAGAGAUAGAUGGUAUUUGUCAGCAAAACCAUAAGGUAUUGAAUUUUGACAUUACUGAACAAAGUUUACCAUUGUUUAUUUUGAAAUGCUAACUAUCGAUCCUGAGGGAGGACUGUUGUUCUCAGUUAAGAACUUGUUUAUUUUAGCUGGGACUGUAAAUAUAUUUUUAUUUCUAAAGCUUAUUAGCAAAACUUAUUUUUCAAAAAUGCUCACUGUGAACGUCAAAGUAUAUUCUUAAGUAUUUUAUACCUAAUUGUAAACUUUGUCAGAAGUCUUGUUUUGUACUUGUUAAGCUGAACAUAAUUUUUGGAUAAUGUUUAAACAUUACUUUUCAUACUUGAAAUAAACAUUUAUUUUUUAAAAAUAUA